AUGGAUGAGGAGAUCAAGAGGGACGACCGCGUAUUCUUGAUCGGAGAGGAAGUAGCUCAGUAUGAUGGAGCGUUUCGAAGGGAUUGUGGAAGAAAUAUGGGGACGAUCGAAUCAUUGACACACCUAUUACAGAGCAAGGCUUCACAGGAUCGCUGUCGUGCCCUUAUUGCUGGCACGGGCGAUUUCGUAAUUCAUGACAUUCAACUUCUCCAUGCAAGCUAUAGAUCAGAUGAUCAACUCUGCUGCAAAGACCUACUAUAUGUCAGCAGAAAGGUGCCGUGUCCAAUUGUUUUCCGUGGAGCAAAUGGUGCCGCCGCUGGUGUUGCAGCACAACACUCCCAGGACUUCAGUGCGUGGUACGCUCACUGCCCGGGACUGAAAGUGCUGGCACCUUACAGCUCGGAGGAUGCGAAGGGUCUUUUGAAGGCUGCAAUCAGGGAUGAUAAUCCAGUUGUGUUUUUGGAAAACGAAAUUCUCUAUGGUCAUUCGUUCCCUGUUACCGAAGAAAUGCAGAAGGAAGAUUUUGUUCUACCCAUCGGAAAAUGCAAGAUCGAAAGACCUGGGGAUCACAUUACCAUCGUUUCUUUCUCCAAAGGAGUUGAGUUGUCCCUCGCAGCUGCUAAAGAGCUUGAAGCCAUGGGAGUUUCCGCCGAGGUAAUCAACCUUCGAUCACUGCGCCCCCUAGAUUUUGAUACUAUCCAGAAGUCAGUGAUGAAGACGAACCAUCUUGUCACCGUCGAGCAGGGCUGGCCAAUGAGCAGAAUUUGUGCGCAAGUAAACGAGUCGCCGGCGUGGGACUACUUGGAUGCUCCUAUUUUGCGUGUCACGGGCGUAGACGUACCGAUGCCAUUUGCCCAUCAUCUUGAGGACGCAUGUCUUCCCCGAGCACCUCAGAUCGUGGCCGCUUGCAAGAAAAGUCUCAACAUUAAGUAG